CCGAGCCGCCGGCCCGCCGACGCCGAGCAGCGGAGCAGCUCCGGCCGGAGCAGGUCGCCAGACGCCGUCGGCACUCGCCAGGUCGGCGCGGCAUCGUGCCGUCGCCGGUCGUGCCCUCGUGACUCGUCGAUGGCCAGGGAGCCCGCCGGCGGCGGCGCGAAGAAGCCGAGGACGCCAGCCCCAGCCGCCAGGAGUCCGGGACCGAGGACAGAGGCCAGUUGCCGGCUAGGCGAGCCGCUCGGCAGCUCGUCGGCAGAGCGGGCGACGGGGUGAGGGCGGAGGCAGGGACGGGUCCGGUGGCCGGUGCGAGGCGGCUGUGGGGUGCGGCGGUGGCCCGUGUGGCCUGGGCGGCUGGCGCCGAGCCCCGAGCAGAGCUGCAGCCUGCAGCGGUCAGCUGUCCAGUCCAGUGAAGUAGUGGACCGCAGUCAGCUACUGCCAAAUUUUGUGAACUUUAGCUAAUCAACGGCCGAAUUUUGUGAUUCACUUCUUGUAUGAACAAUCUGCUACUCCAGUACAAGUAUAAUUGUCUCAAAACAAAAAGGAAGAGGGGGCUGGAGUUGACGUUAAUACUUUUUUUGGAAAGAGCUGCUUCAAAGAAGACAACUCAAAAUGAAGAUCGAGGUGAAGUUCAAUCAGGACUUGAGCUGAAGAUAUAGUGAGACAACAAUUGCAAGUAAUAAUGAAGAUUGUUAAAGAAGCUGACUGGUAAUCAAAGACCCACACCCCAUGCAUGGUCAAUCAUCAUAAGAAAUUGAGAGGGGCAGGAGUUAACCAUCAUAAAUGGAGUUUGCCACAGGCGCAAUGGGUACACUCCUCCCUAAGUUGGGCAAACUACUUAAGGAGGAGCAUGACCUACAAAAGAGUGUGAAGGAUGGGAUAAAGUUCCUCAAGGCUGAGCUCGAGAUCAUGCAACCUACCCUCAAGAAGGUCUCAAACGUGCCUCUAGACCAACUUGAUGAGCAAGUAAAAUUCUGGGCUAGGGAUAUUAGGGAUCUGUCCUACGAUAUUGAGGAUAUCAUUGACACAUUCAUGCUACGUGUUGAUGCCCAUGAGCCAACCAAUAAUCAACACUUCAUGUGGCUAAUUAGUAAGUGCCGUAAGUUAUCCCUGCUAAGAAUUCAGCACAAAAUAGGCCAAGACAUCAAAGAUGUUAAGAACAAAAUCAAAGAGCUGAUGGAACGACAAGAUAGGUACAUAAUUGAUAAUGUUGCUGCUAAGCUUCCAAUGACCUAUGACCCUCGUAUCUUGGCAUUGUAUGAGAAUGUUAGCAGUCUUGUUGGCAUUGACACGGCAAUUGAUGAUAUAAUCAAGAGGUUGUUUGAUGGGGAUGACACAUCCAUGAAGCUCAAGAUAAUAUCUGUUGUUGGAUUUGGGGGAUUGGGCAAGACAACGCUUGCUAAAGCUGUAUUUAACAAGCUUAAAAUGCAGUUUGAAUGUACCGGUUUUAUUUCAGUGGGUCAAAAACCUAACAUCAAUAAAGUUCUCAAGGACAUCUUAAUUGAACUUAAGGUCCCAUACAUGGAGUCAUCAAGUGAAAGACAUCUUAUUGAUAAGCUUCGAGAACAUCUUGAAAAGAGGAGGUAUCUCAUAGUUAUUGAUGACAUAUGGGAGACAUCCACAUGGGGAAUAAUUAAAUGUGUUUUCGUUGACAGUAAUUGUGGAAGCAAAGUAAUUACAACAACUCGUAUUUCUCAUGUUGCCAAACAAGUUGGUGAUCUUUACCAGAUGAAGCCACUUUCUUAUGAAAACUCAAAAGCACUACUCUACAGAAGAAUAUUUGGCCCCGAAUACGAAGGUCGAGCUGAUAAUCAAAUGAAGUUGGCUGAGGCAACUGAAAAGAUUUUAAAGAAAUGUGGUGGAGUACCGCUGUCAGUGAUUACUAUAGCUAGUAUGUUGGUUGAUAAAUCAGUUGAGGACUGGUUUGAGGUGUAUGACUCUAUUGGUUUUGGGACUGACAAUCAAGACGAGGUAGUUCAAAACACGAGGAAAAUAAUAUCAUUUAGCUAUUAUGAUCUACCUCCAAGCCUUAAGACAUGUUUGUUGUACCUAAGCACAUACCCAGAAGAUUAUUGGAUUGAGAAGGAUAUUUUGAUUUGGAAGUGGAUAGCUGAAGGAUUUGUCCACGAGGAACAAGGGAAGGAAUUAUUUGAUAUUGGUGAGAGAUACUUUGCCGAGCUUAUAAAUAGGAGUAUGAUCCAGCCAACAAACGCUUGUUAUUAUUCUAACAUGGUGGAUGGUUGUUACAUACAUGACAUGGUGCUCGACCUUAUUCGGAUCCUGGCAACCGAAGAAAACUUUGUAAAAAUAUUAGACAGAUUGCAUGAUGAGGGCAACUCGUCUUCUCAGAGCAGUACAUGUACUGUCCGCAGGAUUGCAUUGCACAUGAGGGAGCAAGAUGACAAUAAUAAUGACCUGGCUGGCCGGAUGACACAGUUGAGGUCACUCAAUGCCACUGAAUGCUCUGCUAUCUUGAUGCCCUCACUAGUGAGUUUUCAGGUUCUACGUGUUCUAGAACUAACGGGAUGUGUUGUGACGAAAGGCAGUGACCUCAAGCAUAUCGGGAAGCUAAUACAACUAAGGUACCUUGGGCUUAAUUACACCAGUGUUGCUGAAGUACUUCCAAGUGAAAUAGGGGAUCUUGUGCACCUGCAGGCACUGGGCGUCGGUGGGGUUUUCUCUCCAGCACUGCCAGCGACUAUCGUCAGGCUUAGGAAGCUGGCGUACCUUUGUGUCGGUAUGAGAAAGAAAAUUCCACCCGGUGUUGGCAACUUGACGUCCUUGCAAUACCUACAGCUGAAUGUGGAAUGCAUCGAUCAUGAGUGGCCAACCUUCGCCUCGGAGCUGGAGAAGCUAACAGAGCUGAGGGUGCUCCGGGCUAUUAUGUUGGGUGAGCUGAAAGAGAGCUCGACGAUAUCUUUUGUGGAGUCUCUGCGCAGGCUGCGCAAACUCCACCACCUGGAGAUCAGCUGCGCCUCGAUGACCGAAACGAGCGGCUGCUUAGGCUGGGACAAGUGGGAUCCCCCGCGGCAGCUCCGCCACUUCUGCAACCAGAAUAACUACCUUCCUCGGCUACCACCGUGGGUGAACUCCACCUCCCUCCCGUGCCUGCGCAACCUGUUCCUUUAUGUCCUGGCACUAGAAACUCAACAUCUGGACGCCCUUGCAAGGAUGCCCAGCCUCGUUGAUCUCAACCUUUACAGCAAGGAGAGAUUUUCGUAUACUGUCGCUGGUGAUGGAUUAUUGUUAUUCCCAAACCUGAGACACUUCAAGACGGACGUAUCGCUCACAUUCCUCCGGGGAGCGUCGCCAAAGCUCGUGGAUGUUUCACUCGGUAUGCUGGUGUCCUGCGCUGAUGCCACCGAUUGCGGUGGCUUGGAGAACCUCCCUGUUCUCAAUCAUGUCAUGGUCCGCCUCUUCUGCGAAGGUGCCACUAGCAGAGAGGUGGAGGAAGCUGAAGCGGCAUGGAGGCAUGUGGGUCAAGUCCACCCGAACCAUCCAACCAUUAAUGUGUACCGUACAGAGGAGGGCCUGAUGAUAAAAGACAAGUACGAUGCUGAUGAUGAGCACAAGAUCGCAGGUGUGGAUGAAGUUGGCAGAAACGGCGAUCACGAUGAGGCUUCAGCUGCGGACCAAGAGUUCCAGCCGGAUAGCGCUGCAGCCAAACAGGCAGGGGAGGCUGCGGCUGCGCACCAAUCUUGACCCCAAUUCUCUCUGUGCCCUCGUUCCUUUAGGCAUGCAGUCGAAGUUGAUCGUUGUAUGCAAGCUUUUAUCCAGCUGUAUAUGUAACGGCAGAAGCAGGAGAAGAAUUUCAGACGAUAUCGUUCUAGCUUGGUGGCACUACUUUAUAUAAAAUCUAAGUGUGUUAUGAUUAUUAAUUCAUGAUGAACAAUUGAUAUAUGAGAUAAUUUGUUUUGAUAUUUGAAGUCUUUUGGUGAAGUGGUAGUGUUUGGGUGAUUGGAGAUCAUCCGGUUAGACCACUGGAACAUUGAUGGUCAGAUCACAGGUAUGUGGUGGUCAUACCGCCAGGCCCGAUGCUUAGGCCUGCAGUUGUCAGAUUUGUUUCGGUUUUGACUAAUCUUUUCGUUUUCGGAUUUGUUCUUUGGGAAUUUGGUUUCUAGAUGGUUUCUAUAUGUAUGGAUACUGCUGUUAUGCUAAUAGUGAGUUAAG